UCAGAGGCAGAGAUGGUAGUGUAUUUAAGCUUGCGUUCCUAAAGAGAGAGAGAGAGAGAGAGAGAGGAGCACAGGGUAUGUACGCGAGUUUAGCCCUAGAGAAAGAAAGUUCAUUACGAGAUCAGUCCUUGCUGUUUCUCUCUCUAAAGUGGCCAUGGCUUCCCCAAGAUACGCAGACAGUCUGGUUGUUUUAGGCAUCUCCAUAGCCUCUGCCUUCUUAUGUGAAGGCAUCUCAUGGAUCCUCAUCUAUCGUACCUCAAAUUACAGAUCCCUUCGCCUUUCCAUUGACAAGGCUUCGAAGAAGCUCGAGACCAUGAAAACCACCUCUGCAAAGAAGCCCAAGUCCAAAAAGAUCGAUCGAUUUGAAACCUCUCUCAAGGAAUCGAGUAGAGACCUUUCUCUCUCUAAAUUUAAGUCUGGUGGGGUUGUGGCAUUGGUUCUUAUCAUUGUUUUUGGGCUAUUGAAUUCUCUCUUUGAGGGGAAGCCAGUGGCCAAAUUGCCCUUUUCACCGUCUGGUUUUGUGCAAAAGAUGAGCCAUAGGGGUUUACCUGGUGAUGACCCCACUGAUUGUUCAAUGGUGUUUCUUUACUUCCUUUGCUCGAUGAGUAUUAGGACCAAUUUACAGAAGAUUUUAGGGUUCGCCCCACCUCGUGGAGCACCCAGUACUGGCCUUUUUCCCAUGCCUGAUUCCAAGACCAAUUGAUUGAUUCGUUCCUGUCAAGAUCUGGGCUAAGUGGACCGGACCGGCUAUAGAAUUGGUGGAGGCAAGAAUUUGGUCGGACCGGUUGAAUUUGAAGUGGCCUAGUGCAAUGGUAAGAAAAUUAAUAAAAAAUAAGGAAAAUACAAAUAUGUUGAAAACAAAUGGAGAAAAUAGGGAAAAAAAAUACAAAACUCUAGGAAUUUUUUUAAAAAUUAAAAAAUAAGAACAAUAGGAAAUAAUAAAAUCUUAUCAAACCAAUUAUAAAACCAUAAAUAAACAAGAUUAGAAGCCAACAUUACAAAAUAACGACAUAUAUAGUACAUAAAGUACUCUAGUAAGGCCUUAACUCAUUAAGUAAUAACAAUUAAACAUUGAAUUUUAAGCGCAUUAAGUAGGCUUAUUGGUAAAGUGUACCCCAUAUCCAUACAAAGCCCCACAACAUAAAUGGCUCACACUCCCACUCUCACAAAGACACAAACCAAGCAAUCCAUACUUACAAAACGUGGCCUUUAAAAGAAUUCCAUGACACAAAUGACAAAACACAUAAAUUAAGUCAUGCGUGAUCUUCAUCCUCACCUCCUCACUCCUUUCCUUCAUCUAGUUCACUACCAUUUUCCUCAUCAUCCUCAUUGAAACGUAUUAGAUCCUUAUCUCCGCCAAUGUUAGCCAUCGAACUGGUGGAGGUACUAGUUUGGUCAGAGCGGUCAAAGUUUCUUGCUUAUGAGAAAAGACAAAGUUUAGCUGUAAAAUAUAUGAAAAUAGUUUGUGGUUAUGCAUUUGGCGGACAAUUGUUGAAACUUUAUCGGCACUUUGCUGUAACAUUGAAGUGAAUAUUUUACCUUGGUGCAAGUACUACAUUGUUACUGAGCUUUUUCUCAGCAUUAGUUAUCAAAUCUUACAUCUGUUGUAAUACAUUCACUAUUCUAAAGUAAUUUUCUAUCUAAUGUAUUGAGAAGCACAACCAUCAGGAUGUU